UGUGUGUGCUUCUCGCUCAGUUUGUUGUUCGUUUUCACGUAGGCUAGGUUCGGAGCUUGCACGAUUUUUCACUUCACUAUAUGGCGGCAAUCGACAAAGUUCGCGUACUGGUAGUUGGUGAUUCCGGAGUCGGCAAAACUUCGCUUACACAUCUGAUCGCUAACAAUGAACCGCUCACAUCGCCCGGCUGGACGGUUGGCUGCUCCGUGGAGGUGAAAUUACACGAAUAUAAGGAAGGCACACCGGCGCAGAAUACGUUCUUCGUCGAGCUGUGGGAUGUUGGUGGUUCGAUCAGUCACAAAAACACCCGUAGCGUCUUCUACAACCCAACGCAUGGCAUUAUUCUCGUGCACGACCUUACCAACAGGAAAAGCCAGGAAAAUCUGCAACGAUGGCUGGCGGAAAUUCUGAACAAAGAUGGAAAGGACGCACUAAAGGGUGGCGACACGAUAGACAUGGAUCCGGAACAGUUCCUUGGCUCGACACAGUUUAAACUUUGUCAGAUACCGAUACUGGUGAUUGGAACGAAGCUGGAUGUGUUGGAUGAAAGCCACAAGCAUAAGAUCGUGAAUCGUACAUCAGCCGGUAGCAUUGCGGAACAGUGCGGAGCGGACGAAAUUUGUCUGAACUGUCACGAAGCCCGAUCGUUAGCUGCGGGCACAACCGAUUCCGUGAAGUUGGCCAGAUUUUUCGACAAAGUGAUCGAGCGAAAGUAUCACAGCAGGGAUAUGGGGCGAAAGUAUGCCACGAACUAUACGUCCAGCAUGGCGGGAUCAUUUGGCACGUUUCCGCUACUACAACCCACAGCACAAAAUUCUACAUUCAGUUAUCUCAAUGCUAAUCCUGUGACGGAAAGCUUAUCGUGAUGUAAAUAAAUGUUAAUUCCGCUUA